AUGUCAACGUCGACGCCAUCAUCGUCAUCAUCAACAAUGACAGCAUCAUCCUCAUCUACUACAAAAAAUCUACAACAGUACCACUAUCCGCCCAUCUCCACACUUCGGCGAGCAAGUCGACCGAGUAAUAUCGAUCUCUCGAUAUUGGAUCAAAAUCAUCAUCAGCAAUCGAAUGAUCCGGGAAUCUAUUCGGCACCGAUAUGCUACGUAAAGCAAUCGAAUAAUCCUCAUCAACAUAUUCAACAAUCAUCUCAACCGUACACAGCAUCAUUUCAAUAUCAACCUCAUCCACAACAACAUUUGCAAAUAUCUUCACAUCAUCCGCAUCCGCAACAGGCAAAUAUUCCAUUGUACCAACACCAACAACAACCACCACCACCACAACAACAACAGCAACAGCAACAGCAACAACAUCUACAGCAACAAAUGCUCGAUCCGUAUGCUCAGCAUCAACAUACACCACAUACAUUUCCAUUGCCGGCAUCGCCGAAUCAUUAUCGUCAAUACUUUUAUUUUCCGCCUUCAACUUUACACGGUAAUGUGACGAGCAAUGGCCAUCCAGCACCCAAUUCAAGUCAACCGUCGACUCCUGCACCCAACAAUCGUCUGCGAGCUGUACAACUUCAAGAGCAACAACAAUGGUCUAAUCCCGUUCUCAGUCCGUUGUUGGUCAAACGUAUGAAUGAAAGCGCGGCAUCGAUGGCAUUGGAUGACGACGAUGAUCCGUCUGCAUCUAUUGAUGCUCUUGUUGCUGAUGUCGAUACCAAUUCACAAGAUCUACUUGACGAUCCUCCAGAUAAAUCUCUCGUCGAACCCAAAGCGAUUUCAACAACUCCAGCUGGUCCACGCACACCUUCACCACAGAUGUAUCUUCGCAGUGCAUCGCAUAUACUAACAACUCCACCCAAUCCACUUGCGUCGGACGAUCAUCCAGAUAAUCAACUAGCAAUUGGAAAUAAUUUUCAAAAAACAUUUAGUCCUAUUCCAAGUGCUGGUUUCGAAUUAACCACUACGUCUUCGAAUAACAUGAAAGUACCAGGCUCCGCGUCAAAUCUGUCCUGUGAACGCUCAUUUUUCAAUUUCGAUUCUAAUCACGUCGAACACUCACAUCUGAAAGUCGGACAACACAAUGAUAUCGAUGAUGGCAAUCACGACAAGCUAACUCAAACAUUAUUGAGAAAUUCUGAUGGACGAGCAACAAAGCUGUCAUCGAAUAGUUUAAUUCAAGAUGACAACAGUAACCAAAGUUCGACGAAUAGCAGUUCUCAUAAUCCAUCAACAAGAAUUCUUAGUCAGAUGUUUUCAUCUUCUGAGCAACGAAGAUCAGCUUCAUCAUCACCAUUAUCAAAUGAUGUGAAACUGUCUUCAUUAGAUCCCGGUAAUAAUUCAACAAAUACGAAUGCAAUGACAUUGCAACAGCCAAAUCGUCAUGUUUGUACGCAUCCAGACUGUAACAAAAUGUUUGCCAAUAAAAGUGCGUUGGCAAAGCAUAAAUUAACUCACAGUCAAGAUCGUAAACAUAAAUGUCCAAAAUGUAAUAAAGGUUUCAAACGACUUGAUCAUCUUCAUGGUCAUAUGUUAACACAUGAAGAAGAAAAACCACACAAAUGUCGUGUGCCAGGUUGCAAUCGAACAUAUUGUGAUGCUCGAUCGCUGAAGCGACAUAUUGAAAAUAGUCAUCAAGACAUCUUAGCUGCCAUACACGAAGGUGGACAUGAUGACUAUAAAAAUUACUUACCAGAAACAGCAUUUGUGAAAGCGAAAGAUUUAACGAUUAAUAGCGAAUUUUCAAUAGAUUCAAUUGAUAGUAAUUCACCACGAUCAUUAGUUGAUAACGAGCAAUCGUUCAACAUUCGAUCAUCGACCGCAGGAAAAGUGUUGACAACUUAUACAUUUGAUGAAGAAAAGUACGUAGAAUGUCAAAUUUGUAAGAAAACCUUCAAAUCAGGAGCGGCGCUCAACGGGCACAUGCGUUUACAUGGUGGUUUCAAUGAAAAACAAUCACCACCGACUGUAACUGAUAAUGCACAGAAAAAGAAACGCGCUCCAACAGCAUCCAAACGAAAACGUGUUGAUCCACCUAUAGCCUCAGUAUCGAUUAAAAAAGAAGAACAAGAUGUUACGAUGUUCCUCCCGAGGGAUGAUCCUUAUCUUCAUCAUCAUCUACACCAUCAUCAUCAUCACCAUCAUCAGCAACAACAACAGCAACCGUUAUUUUCAGCUGUUCCUUCACAGCAACUGUACGAUAGAACACCAUCGUCACGCUCUCGCUCGAUGUCAUCAUCACUAAUUGCAACUUCAUCACCAUCAGUUUCAACAUAUAUUAUCAAAAAUCCAAUGAGUGUUCAACCGGCAAUAAAGCACGCUCGAAAACAAAGUCCAUUAUCAGCACAUGGAUUUGAUCAUUCUCGAAUGAACAUUAACAAUGGAAUGACCCAAAUUGAUUCCAUCGGCCAUUCACAAAUCUUAACAAACGUGCCGACACCGUUGCAACACUAUGAUGGCAAAAUGAGAAAACCGUCUUCCGCAUCACCGUCAGAAAACUAUAUUAGCAAUGCACAGAUAAAUGAUAUAUCUUCACCAUAUACAUAUAUUCACUCUUCUCCUCAACAGCAUCCACCAAAUCAUGCUCAAUUUCACAUUGCUUCAUCGCCGGCAAAUGCAUUACCAGCAAAUUUACUUCAACACAUUCUCCGUCAAAAAGUGGAAUCUUUCAAUCAAGAUCUCUAUUCUUCAACAUCAAGACUUCUAGACGAAUCUACUCGUUACACGCCACCACCACCUCAACCAGUACUAUCUUCGGCAGCUUCCCGUUGCAAUUCGUCAACCAUACCGAAUGCAACGUCUUCACUUAUUAAUACCCCGGUAACAUCUCCAUAUUCAAAUGUUAAUGCUAGUCAUUCUUCACCACCAUCUUCAAUACAAAUAUAUAAUAAUAGUAAUAUUAAUACCAGUGCAGUUAUUAAUAACGGUAUGCAAUCGUCAUCUGCGACUCGAUCAGGAUCAGGAUCAUCAUCAGCUUCUUCCGCGACAUCAUCUCCAGCAUCAUCUGUGAAUGCACCGAAGAAACGCUACCUAAACGCGAUUAAACAAGAAAAACAAGACGAUAAGCCAUCAGCAAUUUUGGAGGAAGAACCGGCUGUGCUUACGAUUGUUCCCGAAGUUGAUAGUCCGCCAAGAAAGGCGAUGUCCGGUUUUUUUAUCGGUACACCUUCAUCUACAGGCGCAAGUUCUUCGUCGUCUUCAUCAAAUCAUACUCAUUUCAAUUAUGAUAACAUUCUUCCACCACCACCAGCACAAGAAGCAACAGUAACACCAACACCAUCAAAACGCGAAAGUACGCCCAGUUCAUUUCAAUGGCCAUCGCAAUUUCGACGACAGCUAAGUCUCAAUACUGGAAAACCUUUGUUAAAUACUGUUCCCACAACUCCCUAUACACCACCGCCGAUGUUGAGUCCAUUUCGUAAAGGUCCUGGCCUUUACUAUCGAGUCUUUUCCCAACCGGGCACAUCAGGAGAUACCCCAUCAAUACCAACAACACCCAUUCUUCCAUAUACACCUAGUGCAGAAGAUUCCACAGAUCCGAAAAUCAAUAUUGGCAGAGAUUAUCAAGCUGCAAUACCAAAACUACGAGCGUAUAACGAAAGUGAAAAUACAGCUGUCGUUGAUGAAUUAUUAUUUUCACCGUAUGAAUUAACUUCUCUUGAUGAGAAAUCUUUAGAAAAAUUCGAACAACUAAAUCUAAUGAAUCCAUUCUUAUUUUCACCACGUCAUACACCCGUAUCAUACCCGCUGGAAUUAGUAUACAUGUUAUUAUAUGAAUACAAUGGUGAUUUACAACGUACUUUAGCUAGUUUACUUGAAGGAACAGCUAAAGAUAUAAAACAAUGUCGACCUAUACAUCAUUAUCGUUUUCUCGAAUGUGAUAAUUGGACAAAUGAAGAAAUCGAUGCGUUUACGCGAGCAAUUCAAACAUCAGAGAAAAACUUUGGAUUUGUUAGCCGAGAGGUUGGAACGAAAACUGUGAAACAAUGCAUUGAAUUUUACUACAUGCCGAAAGUGGGCGUGUCAACUCGAAAGCUAUUGGGAACAGGAGGAAGUUCGGUAAUGACUCGACGUAAACGAUGUCAAUUGUUGAAAACCAAGCACCAACUCGAUGAUGAAACAUCAUCCUGCUCACCAUUCAGCGAAUAUCGUCAGGAUGAUGACAAUUCAUUUCUAAACAGUGAUAGUCCAAUUACAACUCAAUAUACCUGUGAUAUAAAUGAUUGCUCACAGACAUUCGUAUCUGAAAGAGCAUAUCGUGCUCAUCGAAAAGUUCAUCGUCGCACAAACAAUGCUUGGACAAGUGUAAAGCGCAGUCGGAACAUUGAUUCAACCAAGUAA